AUGAACCGAAGAAAAAUUACCCGUACUCCUGAAGAAGAGGAGGAGGUUAUGAGACUCAGACGCGAAAGAAAUAAUGAAAAUCAACGUCGAAGUCGCGAAAGAGCCGCCCAAAUUGAAAAAAUGAGCGGUAAUUCUAAUGCGGAACAAAAAAAUGAAAAAAUUACACAGACACAACAUCAAAGAAAUUAUCGCUCAAGGCAACAUAAUUUUAUUGAUUUAGCUCUACUCCGACUCGAAAAUUCAACAAGUGAGCAUUAUAUUGGUGUAAUGAAUAUUUCUUGUAUACAUUGUGGUGCAAGACAUUUUGCUUCUGAAAAAGUUGCGAAUAGAGGCAAUUCUUUUAAUGAUUGUUGUGGACAUGGUCAAAUACGGUUGGAACCUCUACCCACUCUUCCUGCAAAUUUACAGUCAUUGUUUUGCGGCUCCCAUCCAAAAUCACGAUUUUUUUUUGAACAUAUCCGAAGUUACAAUAGUUCAUUUUCUUUUGCAUCUUUUAAUGCUAAUUUAGUUAAGUUUAGUUCUCGACCAGGACCAUAUUGCUUUAAGAUACACGGGCAAAUAUACUACCAAAUUAAUACAGCACUAUAUCCGUCCUCUAGCGAAAAUCCCUGUUAUGGACAACUUUUUAUCAUUGAUGCACAUGAAGCAGCAGAAUUUCGACAAAAGAACAAUUCAGAAUGCGACAUGGAGCUCAUGGAGUUGAUUGAUGAUAUAAUGCGGGAAAACAAUGUAUUUGUUCAUUCCUAUCAAAUGAUGAAUGAAGAAAUAGAAAAUCAAAAAUCCAUGCAUGCAGAUUAUGAUCCUGAAUUACAACUUUUAUUCACAUUAAAACCAGGUGUGGAUAAAAAUCGCUACAAUUUUCAAAGGGUCAAUGAAGUGGCUGCAGUUUUUUCUACAACAGCUGAUGGCGACAUUUCAGAGUCCUAUGUUACGAUAAGAAACAAAAACGAUAAAUCAUUGCAGUAUGUAAGUAGCAUGGAUCCCAAUGUAGAACCAUGGAUAUAUCCAUUAUUUUAUCCAUUCGGUACACGAGGCUGGCAUCAAGACAUAAAGUGCGUAAAUAAAUCUCGAAGAGUUACACGGGCGGCUUAUACCAAAUAUAGAAUUGCAGUCCGUGAUGAGAUCAGCGUAUUUUUAAAAGGGCGCAGGUUAUUUCAGCAGUGGUUAGUUGACAGUUACGUAAAAAUUGAAAAAGAUCGCAUUAAUUUUUGUAAGGAAAACCAAAAAAAACUCAGAGCAGAAUCAUAUCAAGGUUUGGUUGACCACUUACAAAAACGGGCAGAAGACCAAAAUGGAAAUGUGGGCAAAAUGGUAGUUUUACCAUCAACAUUCCAAGGAUCUCCUCGAAAUAUGCUACAAAAUUAUCAAGACGCAAUGACAAUAGUAAGGAAACAUGGUAAACCAGACCUUUUUAUAACUAUGACCUGCAAUCCAAAAUGGCGAGAAAUCAGCGAAAACUUGUUACCUGGACAACAUGCAUCUGAUAGACCAGAUUUGGUGGCCAGAGUCUUCAACAUAAAAAAAAAUGCAUUAGUUGAUUUGGUUGUAAAUCAAAAUUUCUUUGGUGAAGUACAAGCAUAUGUUUACGUCAUUGAAUUCCAAAAACGAGGCUUACCUCAUGUACAUAUGUUAGUUACUCUAAAGCAGUCACAAAAAAUAACAACCCCUGAAAUUGUCGAUCGAUACAUAUCAGCAGAAAUUCCAGAUUUUCAGGAAGAACCAAUAUUGCAUAACAUUGUGUUGGGAAAUAUGGUUCAUGGACCAUGUGGUGACUGGUGUUUAACAGAAGAGAAGACCUGUUCUAAAAAUUACCCAAAACAAUUUCGAGAAGAAACUACAAUGGAUGAAAAUGGGUAUCCUUAUUACCGUCGCAGAAAUCCUGGUAUGUCAUUUAAAAGGUCUUCUGAUGGAUACGUUUGCGAUAAUCGGUAUGUCGUACCACAUAACCCCACACUGUUAAAGUUAUUUAAUGGUCAUAUAAACGUAGAGGUCGUUUCCAGUAUUAAGUCAGUUAAGUAUUUGUACAAAUAUGUUUAUAAAGGUCAUGAUGCAGCAAAUAUAAUUAUUUCUGAAUCAAACAGCACAACCAUCGAACACGAUGAAAUCCGAAAUUUUAUUGAAACAAGAUAUGUCGGACCAGUUGAAGCUGCAUGGAGAAUUUUAGAAAAGCCUUUGCAAGACAAAAGUCAUUCGAUUACAAGACUGCCAGUUCAUUUGCCAAACCAACAAAAUGUGUUUAUUGCUGAUGAUUGCGAUGACAAUGAAAUCAGAAGUGCUUUAGAACGGCAAACAAUGUUAAUUGACUAUUUUGCCUUAAAUUCUCGAAACCCAGAAGCCCGUCAGUAUAGUUACAGCACAAUACCGACAUACUAUGUGUUUAAAAAAGUAGAUGGCAAAUAUCAAUGGAUCCAUCGUCAAAGACAAUUUAAUGUGAUUGGUCGUAUGUACUCUGUUAGUCCAACUCAAACUGAGCUUUUCCAUCUUAGAAUUUUAUUACUUCAUGUUAAAGGACCACUGAGUUUUGAGGAUAUAAAAACUGUUAAUGGAGUAAGACAGGAAUCAUUUAUGGCUGCAUGUUUGGAAUUAGGGCUUAUUGAAGAUGACCACGAAUGGAAAAGGGCAAUGAAUGAAGCUGAAAUUUGGAUGAUGCCAAGACAACUUCGAUAUCUUUUUGUUCGUAUUUUAAUACAUUGUCAACCAAUACAUCCUGAAGAACUUUGGGAAGAAUUUAAAGAUGCAUUGUCAGAAGACUAUCGAAGAAAAUAUAACGGCAGUCAAGAUAUGAAAAAGGCCUACGUUCAACUUGAUUCGAUGUUGAAUCUAGAAGGCUGGAGUAUUUCAAUGUUUCCUACUAUGCCACAAAUAACUGAUUUGGAUAAUGUCAGUAACGACAUGGAAAUUUUGAAUGAAGAAGAAGCAUUUGAUACAUUGCUAAAUCAAUACGAUUCUUUAAAUGCAAAACAAAAGGAAAUUGUAGAUUUCAUUUUAGAAAAAGCUGACAACCAAACAGAUGAGAACAAUGAAGAGACCUCUUGCAUCUAUAUUGACGGUCCUGGUGGAUCCGGUAAAACAUAUCUAUACACUACCCUUUAUGGUAUGCUGAAGACGAGAAAUAAAAAUGUUUGUACGAUGGCGUUCACCGGUAUCGCAGCCACAUUGCUUCCACAUGGAAGAACAGUGCAUAAAACGUUCGGAUUACCAGUUCCUCUAUUUUCGGACUCCAAUUCGAGCAUUAAAAACAAUACGAAAGAGGCAAACUAUCUUAAAAGUGUCGACGUUUUCAUUUGGGACGAAGCACCAAUGGCACCAAAGGAUGCAUUAGAAGUUAUCGAGAGAACAUUACGCGAUUUAACGAACAAUAGGUUGCCUUUUGGAGGCUACCUACUAAUAAUAAGAAAUAUACCUUAUGCUUUUAUAUUGAACAAUGUUUCUCAUGCAGAUCACAAAAUGAAGUAUUUUGUUUCUGUUGCAAUAAUUGCUGCAGUAGUUUGUGCCACCGUACAAGGUGAGUUAAACUCUGGGAACGAUGAAGAAUUGGAUGAUAACUCUAUUACCGAUGCAUCUGAGGAAUCUAAUACCGAUGCAUUUGAUCCGGAUUGCAUAGUUGUCCGUCCAAAAUAUAUAAGUAAGUGCUCGAAAACGUAA